CAGCCGCGGAGCAACGACGAAGAAGAGCGGCGGUUUGUUUUUGUUUACCUCGCUGUAGCCGAUGCCAAUGACGCAGCUGUAGCUACAGCAGCUCUUCCUCUAGCUGUUGCCUGGAAGCUGAAGGCUGCCUCAGUCUUCUCGGUCCCGGCCUGUUCUCUGCUGGGGAAAGAAUCCCCUGUUCGGAUCUGUUCGGCUCGGUAACUGAGAAUUACGCCAUGGCUCAACAGAGAGGAGUCAACAGCCUGCAGUUCAACCAGGACCAGAGUUGUUUCUGCUGUGCGAUGGAGACGGGGGUCAAAAUCUACAACGUGGAGCCGCUAAUGGAGAAGGGCCACCUUGACCAUGAGCAGGUAGGCAGUGUGGCCCUGUGCUCCAUGCUGCAUCGCUCCAACCUGCUGGCCUUGGUUGGUGGUGGAGUCAAUCCGAAAUUCUCCGAAAUAUCCGUUCUGAUCUGGGAUGACGCUCAAGAGUCCCGAGACCCUAAAGACAAGCUGGUGCUGGAGUUCACCUUCACCAAACCCGUUCUAGCGGUGCGCAUGAGGCAUGACAAGAUCAUCAUCGUGUUGAAGAACAAGAUCUUCGUGUACAGUUUCCCAGACAACCCUGUCAAGCUUUUUGAAUUUGACACCAGAGACAACCCCAAAGGUGACCACUCCAGUCUUCCUCUGUACACUCAUUCCUCAUAUUGGGUUAUUUUCUACAACAGUGAUCUCCUCCUUGCAGGUAUUUGUGAUCUAUGUCCCAGUCUGGAGAAACAGCUGCUAGUAUUUCCCGGUCACAAAUGCGGCAGCUUGCAGCUCGUCGACCUGUCCAACACCAAACCGGGCACAUCGUCUGCACCGUUUACCAUCAACGCCCACCAGAGCGAGAUCGCCUGCGUGGCGCUGAACCAGCCAGGCAGCGUCGCGGCUUCGGCUUCCCGCAAAGGCACCCUCAUCCGGCUAUUUGACACCACGACCAGAGACAAACUGGUGGAGCUGCGCAGAGGGACGGACCCGGCCACCCUCUACUGCAUCAACUUCAGCCACGACUCGUCCUUCCUGUGCGCCUCCAGCGACAAGGGCACCGUCCACAUCUUUGCUCUGAAGGACACCAAACUCAACCGACGCUCAGCCCUAGCACGUGUUGGGAAGGUUGGACCUGUGAUUGGCCAGUAUGUGGACAGCCAGUGGUCCCUAGCCAGCUUUACGGUGCCUGCAGAGUGUGCCUGCAUCUGUGCUUUUGGAAAGAACACGUCCAAGAACGUGAACUCAGUCAUUGCCAUCUGUGUAGACGGGACCUUCCACAAGUACGUGUUCACACCGGAUGGAAACUGCAACCGAGAGGCCUUCGACGUAUAUCUGGACAUUUGUGACGAUGAUGAUUUCUGAGGGCAAGGAAAGCAACUGACCUGAAGAGACUGUUAUGGUCUGGAUAUGGUGGGGGGAAAACACCAUCGCAGCCCAACGAAUCUGGCUACAACCCAAUCGAGCCGUUUUUAAAUCUGUGAUCUUUACAAUGUGCUGCACGGUCAAGUACAGUCUAUCUUCCCUGUCUGCCUGAAUGAUGAAUAACACAAGUAAUGUGCUGUAUUUAUGAAAGGUGAUAAAGUGAAGUCAAACUAAAAUUGAAAAUGUUUUGUAUUAAAGCAAUUCUUGGUUUUAUCA